ACGUAAUUGCUAUGACAGCGUACAGAAGAGAGAAGAAGAAAGACCUGUUGCAGGGGCUGCAGACACGACCUAGGCCAGUGGCCUAUUUCCUCUGCAGGAAAGUGGGCUGGCUGCUCUCCACCUGUCAGGGGGACAGGACAGCGACUGGUCCAUACGACAGAUCUUUAUCGAUGAGAGCAGUUCUAAUGUGAUGCUCAAGGAGCAUUGAUUCUUCCUUGGCACCAUGGACUCUCCAUCAACGCAGACUCCUCCACCGUCGGCCUCUUUGGCUAAAGGAGGUCACCCCCUGCUUUCUACGGGACCCCUGAGCGCCAUUCUAGGACCUCAUGGAAAGCAUUACCUCUGUGGCUCCAUCGCAGCUUUCACCAACAUCAUGGUGACCUUCCCCAUCCAAAAGGUUCUCUUCCGCCAGCAGCUGCACGGCGUGCUGGCGCUCGAUGCGGUACGACAGCUACAAAGGGAAGGACUUAGGAAUCUUUACAGGGGGCUGCUUCCCCCGCUACUCCAGAAGAGCACCACCGUGGCCAUCAUGUUCGGCUUGUACGAGGACUUCUCCCGAGUUCUUCUGGAGCAGGCCGACGGCAGCGGCGUGCCGGAGCUGGUCACGCGAAGCUUUGCCGCUGCAUUGGCGGGAACAGCGGAGGCCUUCCUGGCCCCCUUUGAGCGUGUGCAGACGCUCCUUCAGGACCACCGGCACCACGGACGCUUCAACAACACAGCCCACACCUUCAGGACACUUCUGAGCGAGUACGGUGUCCGGGAGUGCUACCGCGGCCUGGUGCCCAUAUUGCUCCGCAACGGCCCGAGCAACGUGCUGUUCUUCGGCCUGCGAGGACCCAUAAAGGAACAGCUCCCCGAAGCCACCAGCCGGGCCAGUCACCUCGUUAACGAUUUUGUAUGUGGGGGCGUUCUAGGGGCGGCGCUUGGCAUCAUGUUCUACCCGUUAAACGUCAUCAAGUCGCGGGCUCAGUCUCGGGUAGGCGGAGCCUUCCAGCCGUGCCGGCAGGUGCUGCUCACGGUGUGGCGGGAGCGUGGCGGGAGCGUUGCCAUGCUCUUUCGAGGGGCCCACCUCAAUUACCACCGUUCGCUCCUCUCCUGGGGUAUCAUCAAUGCCACCUACGAGCUGCUGCUGAAGCUCAUAUGAAAAAGAAAAAAUGCGUGGCAGAUCGAGUCAGGAGGAGGAGGACAUAUGAAUAAAGUGAGACAUGGCGUCAUCUGAUGUUUCCAGAGAGAUGACGCUGCACUUCCAGAGGCAUGACUUUAUCCACCUGUCACAUGAUUUCAACUGUAUGCAAGGGUCCAAUGGGGGUAAAAACAAGUCUUGCUUUUUCCUCUAUGUUGAAAAUUUCCAGCCUACCACCUUUUUUGUUUACAGUAUCAAGCUAAAGUGAUUUGAGGACUUUCAAGUGUUGUGCUUGCUGUGUGUGUUUUGUGGAAUAUUAUUUUCGUUGGUUUGCGUUAGAACAAGCACUAAUUUGUCCGCAUCACCAUUACCGAAUUCUCCCAGAGAAUUGUCCAAAAUGCGGAAUAAACGGAUUGUCCCUUUAAUUUAUUUGACCUAAUGCUUUACUUCAGCUACAUGCAACUUGAACGGGAGUAAGCCUAAAAAGAAAAAACUGUCGUGACCAUCUUGUCAGUACAAUUAAUUAGCAUUUUAAUUAGCAAUCUCAGCAGCCGUACACAGACCCACAAUCAUGAUGACUACGUGCUGCUGCCGCUGCUGUAGUUGUAUUUAUUAGUAGGAAAGUAUUUAAUAUAAUUAGCUCCAAAACUGCCCCUUCUUUCUUUUUUUGAUUUUUAUAUUUGACACUGGCAUUUAUUUUGGGCUCUGCACUCGCUUCGGAAUAUGUCCUUCCUUAUGUCACGCUUGCUCUCCUCUGCUAUCUGUAACAUCUGUUGACAUAAUGGGCUCACAUUUCACACUUGAGUAGCCGCAGCCAGUCAGCAUGCAGCCGUCCGUCCGUCCCUGACCGCCCGGAGAGGCGCACAGUUUGGGUGCGCAGAACCAUCAGGGCAGCAGAAGAAAAUGUUCAGUGGCACAAAAAGCUCAAGCUGCCAUGUAAAUGGACCACUUGGCCUAUUUCUAAACUUCUUUUCAUUAUCAACAGUCUACAAAGUGUUGCCUUUUAUAAGGUUGGGCUUUAUGUACAUGAAUGCUUUUCUUUCAAGCACAAACAGUUCAAGCCGUUCCUCACAACCAAAUAAAAUGUUGCAAGUUCA